CCUAGUGAAACGACACUAGCCCCACUGACCCGCCCGGCCGCACACCAAGCGCACCUCGAUGGCGGCCGCGCCGCCGCCGCUGCCGGCUGAGGGAGCGACCUCUGGAGGCGGCGUGAUGGCGAAGCUGGAGGAGCAGUGGAGGAAGACGAAGGAGCACGCCGAGACGUACCCCUACGUCUGGGGCUCCUACAUCCUCGUCUACGGCGGCCUCGGCGCCUACCUCGCCUGGCGCUGGCGCAAGCUCCGCCGCACCGAGGACCGCGUCCGCGUCCUACAGGACCGCCUCCGCAAGCUCGCCGCUGCCGAGGAGUCGCAGGCCGCCUCCGGCUCCGCUUCCACUGCCCCGACCCUCCCCCCGCCGCAGGAGCCGGCUGCUGGGCCCACCAAACCCGCCUCCGGCCCGUGACUGGGUAAGAGCCCCAUUUCUAGCUUCUUGGCGUGACGGAUUACAAGUUGCAGAGUGAUUUUGGAACCUUUUUCAUCUUGCGGCUGCCCUUCUUAUUUGGUAUUAGGUGAUCCUAGAUCAGACGUGUAGGCGAGAUAUUGGUGAGUCUCUGUUUGUAAUCGAAUCAUUUGAGAGAAGCUUAAAAUUUUGUGGAUCGUGUAUGAUCAUUCCCACGAGGGAUUUGAAUUUACUGUUAAUGUCACCAAAACCCUUCUUAGUGAUGCCCUACCUUUUGACUCCAUGAUACUGGAUUGCAGUUUUCUCCAUCCACAUCUACUUCCUCGCUACCUGUAAUAAUGCCAUUGGUCCUUGAUGUUUAUGCUGU